UAUGAACCACAAGCAGUACCUCCCUCGUGGCUAACUGGUUAGACAAACAUGAAUAUACAGCACUCCUUAAACACAACCAUUAAUUCCUUUUCUUUCUGCAAUUGCUAACUUUAUUUUGAUUUUAUUAUUUUCAUCAUAAUCAAAAUGGUCAUCUUCACUCUCAAACCACAUCACAAUAAUAAAUCUUGCUUCUUUCAUCAAAUUCACACAACACAUUCACACAACCCUUUUAUCAAAACCUCUUUUCAACGGUUUCACUUCACACCUUCCAAACUCAUACACAGACCUAAACAACACAGAAUAGUAGUAUGUAGCACUCAACAAGAUAUCAAAGAAACUCAUAAUAAAGUAUCCAAGUCUGAGCUCAAUGCUUUUACCGACCUUGAUGAUUUGGAACAACAACAAUCUGGGAAUUGGCCACCAUGGAAGGAUCUUCCAUUAAGAUACAAACUCAUAGGCACCACUUCACUUGCCUUCGUUAUCUGUAACAUGGACAAGGUGAAUUUGAGUGUUGCAAUAAUUCCAUUGUCGCAUCAAUUUGGGUGGAACUCAUCAACGGCAGGGUUGGUUCAGUCUUCAUUCUUCUGGGGUUAUGCAUUGAGUCAGUUGCCUGGUGGUUGGCUAGCCAAGAUUUUUGGUGGCAGAAAAGUUCUUGAAGUUGGAGUACUGGUAUGGUCAGUGGCUACAGCUCUUGUUCCCUUUCUUGCUGGAAAUUUGCCCGGCUUACUGUUGACAAGGAUCUUGGUUGGGAUAGGUGAAGGUGUUUCACCAUCUGCUGCUACUGAUCUCAUUGCCAGGUCAAUACCAUUGGAAGAGCGCUCACGAGCAGUAGCAUUUGUAUUUGGUGGCUUGAGUGUUGGAAGUGUUAUGGGGCUUCUUUUCGCUCCUCCCCUUAUCCAGAAUCUAGGUUGGGAAUCAGUAUUCUAUAUAUUUGGUAUUUUGGGGAUUGCUUGGUUUUUGGGGUUUCAACUUCUCGAAGGAGGUGAAACACAGUUAGCUGCAGAAUCUCGUCCAUCAGCCAAGGGUAAGACCGCACAAUCAUGGAAAACUUCUCUAAAAGAAUUGAAUAGCUCUUUGAAGGAUAUACCUUGGAAGGCCUUUUUCCGAAGUCGUGCUGUGUGGGCAAUGAUAUAUGCUCAUUUCUGCGGUAGUUGGGGUCACUAUACUUGUCUCUCAUGGCUUCCCACUUAUUUUAGUGAGGAGCUAAAUCUAAAUCUGACAGAAGCAGCAUGGGUAUCUAUUCUACCGCCUCUGGCUUCAAUAUUUGUGACCAGUAUUGCAUCGCAGUUAGCCGACAACUUGAUUUCAAAAGGAGUUGAAACCACUACGGUUCGAAAGAUCUGCCAAUCAAUUGCAUUUUUAUCUCCUGCAUUCUGCAUGACUCUUUCAUCACUCGAUCUAGGAUUACCGCCUUGGGAGAUGGUCGGCCUUCUCACAGGUGGUUUAGCCCUCUCAAGCUUUGCCUUGUCAGGACUUUAUUGUACCCAUCAAGACAUGUCACCAGAAUAUGCAAGUAUACUUCUGGGUAUAACUAAUACUGUUGGGGCUGUACCUGGAAUUGUAGGUGUAGCCCUCACUGGCUAUCUUCUUGAUACAACUCAUUCAUGGAGUAUAUCACUAUAUGCACCAUCGAUCUUCUUCUAUUUGAGUGGUACCGCCGUAUGGUUGGCCUUCGCCAGCAGUAAGCCUCAAAGUUUUUCUGAGGAAAACUAAUCCAUGGUUUGAUCGUCGAGGAAACCAUAUGAUAAACCGAUUUUUGGCCGAGGAGGUGUAUAUCUGUUUGAUCUACAAGUCAAGAUAAUUUAUUUAUUUAUGUACAAAGAAAUGGUAGCAUAGCUGCAUAGGUAUAUUUUUUCCAACUGUAGCUUAUCAUAGCAGUUGUAUAUUUUUAAUAGAUGAUGCUGGUUGGUCAUCAAAAAAAAUGUAGUUAAGUGUUGUAAUCUUGAGGAGUCAAUAAUUAGUUGUACUACUAACUUUUGAUGCUUUGGUUUCAAGUUUCAACAAUAGAAGACAAUUUUAAUAAUGUCAACAUUUUUUAAGUCA